AUGUACUCUAAGUGUGGGGACAUGAUGGCUGCCAUGGCAGUGUUCCACCGGAUGCCUGAGAGGGACUUUAUCUCUUGGAACUCCAUGGUCACCGGGUUCUCGCAUAAUGGCCUAGGAAAGCAGUCACUUGCUAUUUUUGAGGAGAUGCUGGUAGCUGGAGUUCGUCCAACCCAUGUCACUUUCCUGGCUGUCCUCACGGCCUGCAGCCAUUCCGGUCUAGUAUCUAAUGGAUGCCUCAUUCUCGAAUCAAUGGAGGACCAUGGUGUUGAACCAAGGGCUGAACACUAUGCUGCCUUCAUUGAUGCUCUUGGUCGGAAUCGCCAGCUGGAAGAAGCAACUGAGUUCAUCAAAGAUUUGCCAUCCAGGAUUGGUCCUGGUACAGCUGGGUCCUGGGGAGCUCUCCUAGGUGCUUGUCGCCUUCAUGGAAAUAUCGAGCUUGCAGAGGAAGUGGCAGAGUUUCUCUUCCAGUUAGAGCCUGGGAACAGUGGUCGGUAUGUCAUGUUGUCAAACAUCUAUGCAGCUGCAGGACAGUGGGAUGAUGCACGUCGAGUCAGGGGGCUCAUGAAGGAGAAGGGCCUGAAGAAGGAUCAGGCUUACAGUUGGAUUGAGGUGCGGAGUGUAAAGCACGUAUUUGUUGCUGAUGACAUGUCUCAUUGCGAGGCAGACGAGAUAUAUGAGAUGUUGGGCAAGCUUCUCAACCAUAUGAGCAUAGCAGAGGAUCCUACCUAA